AUGUUAACUUUAUGUCUAUUUUACUGUUUAUCAACAACAGAUGGAAGACGUCUUAAAUAUCGAUAUGAUAUGUUAAUCAGCAGUCGACAAGCUAGUGAAGGCCAAAAUUCCUUAUUUUAUGGUAUGAAUGCAAAGGAAACAAAAAUAUUUACACUUAUUAACAAUUAUCGUCGACAACUUGGUUUACCAUCUCUUCAAGCAUCUGCUAAUCUUGCUUAUGUUGCUCAUACACAUGCUGUUGAUGUUGUUGAAAAUAAUCCAGCUGUUUAUGGUGGUAAUGCGCAUAGCUGGAGUAAUAAAGGAAAUUGGAGACCAGUUAUAUAUACACCUGAUCAUAGACAAGCACAAUUAAUGUGGAGUAAACCAUCUGAAAUAAGUAAUUAUAAAUAUUACGGUUUUGAAAUAGCAUAUGGGUUUGCGGAUUAUCGAAACAGAGAAGUGACAGUUGAUCCAAUAGAAGCUGUUAACAGUUGGAUAAGAAGUCCAGCACAUAAAGAUGUUAUAAUCCAACGAGGUGCUUUUCAAAACACACCAAUGAAAGCCAUGGGUGCUGGUAUUUACAAAGGAUUUGCAUGCGUAUGGUUUGGUCAACAGCUCGAUACAUUUUCACCUCCUAAAUGA